UGGUCAUAUCAAGAUAUGCCGGGGCUAAGUACUGACAUUGUAGUACACCGACUUCCUAUAAAGGAAAAUUGCAAACCAGUUCAGCAAAAACUCCGAAGAAUGAGGCCAGAUGUUGUAUUAAAAAUAAAAGAGGAGGUGCAAAAGCAAUUCGACGCUGGAUUCCUGCAAGUGGUCAAAUACUCCGAGUGGGUGGCCAAUAUCGUUCCUGUCCCUAAGAAAGAUGGGAAGGUACAAAUGUGUGUAGAUUAUAGAGAUCUAAAUAAGGCUAGCCCAAAAGAUAACUUUCCCUUACCGCACAUUGAUACCUUGGUAGACAACACAGCGGGGCAUUCACUAUUUUCUUUCAUGGAUGGUUUCUCUGGAUAUAACCAAAUUAAGAUGCAUCCUGAGGAUAUGAAGAAAACUACAUUCAUAACCCUAUGGGGAACAUUUUGCUAUAAAGUGAUGCCAUUUGGGUUGAAAAAUGCAGGGGCAACGUAUCAGAGGGCCAUGGUAACACUGUUUCAUGAUAUGAUGCAUAAGGAGUUGGAAGUCUAUGUUGAUGACAUGAUUGCGAAAUCUAAAACAGAAGAGGAACAUGUGCAGGUCCUUAAGAAAUUAUUUAUGAGGUUGAGAAAAUUUCAGCUAAAGUUAAAUCCAGCAAAAUGCACAUUUGGGGCCAGAUCAGGAAAAUUGCUUGGGUUUGUGGUCAGUGAGAGAGGAAUCGAGAUUGAUCCUGACAAAGUAAGAGCAAUACAAGAGUUACCUCCGCCGCGUACUCAAAAAGAGGUUCGAGGUUUUCUAGGAAGACUGAACUACAUCGCUCGGUUUAUUUCACAAUUAAUCGAGAAAUGUGAUCCUAUAUUCCGUCUCCUUAAGAAACAUAAUCCAGGUGUAUGGGAUGAGGAGUGCCAAAAAACUUUUGAAAAAGUUAAACAUUACCUAUCCAACGCCCCAGUGCUGAUGCCACCUUGCCCAGACAAACCGCUCAUACUGUAUUUGGCUGUAUUUGAAAAUUCUAUGGGAUGCAUGCUUGGUCAACAUGAUGAGACAGGACGAAAAGAAAGAGCAAUCUAUUAUCUCAGUAAGAAGUUCACCGAAUGCGAAACAAGAUAUUCGUCAAUCGAGAAGUUAUGUUGUACCCUGAUCUGGACAACUCGGAGACUGAGACAGUACAUGUUGUACCAUACCACCUGGUUAAUUUCUAAAUUGGACCCUCUGAAAUACUUGAUGGAAUCAACUGCUUUGAAUGGAAGAAUGGCCCGAUGGCAAAUUCUCCUAUCUGAAUUUGACAUAGUCUAUGUGAACCAGAAGGCUGUAAAAGGGAGUGCAAUAGCGGACUUCCUGGCAAGUAGGGCUCUGGAUGAUUAUGAGCCAUUGAACUUCGAUUUCCCAAAUGAGGAUUUGAUGUAUAUCGCAACUGUAGAGAAAUAUUUCCAAGAAGGUGGUCCUUGGAAGUUGAGUUUUGACGGAGCUUCAAAUGCUAUAGGCAACGAAAUUGGGGCAGUACUCGUGUCCCCUAGUGGAGAUCAUUACCCUUUUACUAGCAAAUUGGAUUUUGAUUGUACAAAUAACAUGGCUGAGUAUGAAGCUUGCAUUAUGGGCAUCCGAGCAGCCAUAGAACGGAAAAUUAAGGUGCUAGAGAUAUUCGGGGACUCUGCAUUAGUAAUUUACCAGCUCAAAGGGGAAUGGGAAACAAGAGACCCCAAGUUAGUCCGCUAUCGAAAAUUGGUUAUGGAAUUGAUUGAGGAAUUUGAUAGUGUCACCUUUAGUUAUCUCCCACGAGAUGAGAACCAGAUGGCUGAUGCUUUGGCUACCAUGGCAUCUAUGUUCAAAGUGAACAAGCUAGAGGAUAUGAAGCCUAUCCAGAUCAGCAUUUAUGAGGCUCCAGCCCAUUGUUGCAACAUCGACAAUGAAGGAGAAAAGGAUAAUCGCCCCUGGUACCAUGACAUAUUACGAUAUGUGAAGAGUCGUGAGUACCCUGACCAUGCGACGGAAAAUGAUAAGAAGACAUUGAGGAGAUUAGCCAUCGAUUAUGUCUUGGAUGGGGAUAUCUUGUAUAAAAGAGGAAAAGAUCAAGUAUUGUUGAGAUGUGUGGAUGUUGUCGAAGCUAAAGAAAUUUUGGAAGAAGUGCAUGAAGGUAUUUGUGGAACGCAUGCCAAUGGCUUCACGAUGGCCAGACAAAUUAUGAGAUUUGGGUACUAUUGGUCCACAAUGGAAGGGGAUUGCAUUAAUUAUGCCAAAAAGUGCCAUAAAUGUCAAAUCUAUGGUGACAAAAUGCACACACCACCGUCACCUCUUCAUGUUAUGGUUUCUCCAUGGCCUUUCUCCAUGUGGGGAAUGGAUGUUAUCGGGCCAAUAUCUCCGAAGGCUUCUAAUGGGCAUCGUUUUAUCUUUGUGGUUAUUGAUUACUUCACUAAAUGGGUGGAGGCUGCUUCGUAUGCAAAUGUCACGAAGUCAGCAGUUAGCAAGUUUCUGAAAAAAGAGAUCAUAUGUCGAUACGGGAUGCCUGAAAGGAUUAUAUCAGAUAAUGCACUAAACUUGAACAACAACUCAAUAGCGGAAGUUUGUAGUCAGUUCAAGAUCAAACACCACAAUUCGUCACCGUACCGUCCAAAAAUGAAUGGUGCCGUGGAAGCAGCUAACAAAAAUAUCAAGAAAAUUGUAGGGAAAAUGACUGAAACCUACAAGGACUGGCACGAGAAAUUACCUUUUGCCCUUCUGGCAUAUCGUACCUCUGUUAGGACCUCUACGGGGGCAACGCCGUUUUCUUUAGUCUAUGGGAUGGAGGCAGUUUUACCCAUAGAAGUUGAAAUUCCUUCUCUUCGAGUAUUAGCUGAACUAAAGUUGGAUGAGGCUGAAUGGAUUCAAUCUCGAUAUGACCAGCUGAACUUGGUAGAAGAAAAGAGGUUAAAAGCUAUUCGUCAUGGUCAGAUGUAUCAGAAACGAAUGAUGCGAGCCUAUAACAAAAAAGUUCGUCCCAGAGAAUUUUACGAGGGGGACUUGGUGUUGAAAAAGAUUCUUCCUCUACAAAAGGAUUUUAGAGGAAAAUGGAUGCCAAAUUGGGAAGGUCCAUAUGUGGUAAAAAAGGCUUUUUCAGGAGGGGCUUUAAUCUUAAGCGAAAUGGAUGGUAAAAGCCUGCCAAAUCCUGUGAACUCAGACUCAGUCAAGAAAUAUUUCACUUAA